AUGGCGGAAGUAUCAAAAAAAUCUCAAUUCGUGGUCGUUGAGUUCGAGGAAAAGUGCGACGGGGAAGAGCCCAGCUUCGACGUAGUUCCCAGGUCGUGGCUUAUCGAAGAAGAGUCGAUGAUACAGUGUUUUUAUCCGAAAAAGGGAUCGAUAAAUAAAAUUCGGAAGUGGGCAUCCGAAAAAAAAUCACCAGAGGACAACUGGGGGAUAUACCAAGUUACGAGAAUCGUCUGCGAAGCGAAGAAUUGGGAACAGGGCUUACGGCGGCUCAAUAAGACCCUAGAAUCGUCGUCGAUCAACACCGACGAUACCCAAAUUGAAUUUCAGGAUACUCAAGAGUUGGCCGGACUCACCAGCGAAGAAGAAAUGUCUCAAACUCUGCGAACGCAGCAAGCUCUACCUUCCAUAGGAGACGAAACUUUAAUGAAUAAUUUAUUACUUGGUAAUAUCACGAUCGUGCCGGAGUCAAACAAUAAUACAGAAAUACUGAAAGAUUUCAACACUGCUUUGGAGGAAAUGGAGGACCGCAUCAUCAAAGCAAUAAAAUCUCAGAAGAGAUCUCUUCAAUACGAUAUGGAUAAAAAAAUCGACGAGUUGAAAUUUAUGCUGUCCGGUUGUGCCAAUCUGGGGACGGUCGACAACGUCAAUAAGGAAAAUAAUGUGCGAGCUCAACUUGGAGUCACCAUGCCCAUCAAAACACUCGAAGAAUUUCUAGCCUUUAAUGACGUUCUGGCAGUUUCGGCAGAAAAACGAGAGUCUUUGAAAAAAAUGAUCCGAUUCGUUGUUGGCGGUAACAGCAAUUUCCGAACAGCUUUGAAUCGAGCUUUACUGGCCAUUUUUGAUAAGGAAGUGCAGCUUCACUACAGCGGAUGCGGUAGGCGAACGAAAAAUCAGCCUGGAAAACUUCCCUUCGUAAAAACUGUGGUUUUUAUUUGCAUCAAAGAUGUGUUCCUGUCAGGAUUUGCCAACGAUGUGCCAAACAUUCAAGCACUGGUUUCCAACAUAAGCCGUUGGCUCGCAGGCGCAGGAGACAGAGAUGGUGGCCGAGCCCUCCGCCUUUCCACUCCGAAUAACGGUGACGUAGAGAAUCCCCGUCGUUCUUGGCUGCAAGAUCUUCGGAAUGUUAACGAGAAUAACAAUUAA